CUCAUUCACUCCGCCUGCAAAGCCGUUCUUUGUACCAAUGACCCCUCUUUUUCUGCUUUUUCCUAAAUUUUGUGAAAGCAGAUUCCACAGUGCUCCAUAAGAGAACCUCUUGAGCCAUGUUGACACUGGGGGCAUUUAUGAAUGCAUCGUUCAUACUUCUUUGUCUGUUCACAUGGUGACUGAGAAGCCCAGGGGAAUUGCCUGGCGUCUGCCUGCACCUCUAGUUUGGCCGUUCAUCCGACUCAACAGUCCGGUUCUUCCCCAUGCGAAAAAGUCGUAGUGUAUAUGAGCCUUUAAGCGUGGACACAUUCGCUUUCGCGUGUCUAUUCAGACAGCACAGCUGUAAACCACAUGCCACCCGAGCACCUCGACAGUUUCCCUAUUAAAUUUAUAUAUUUAUCGUGAAGUAAAGAGACAGAAGAAAACUAUUUGUGCAUUUACCAUACUUGUUUUUAUUUGCCUCUGCUAAACUCUAAGUCUGGGUUAAGCUUCAUGCACAUCUCUCUCCAGCAUUCUGUGGUGCGUGUUCGGGACUGUGAUUUGUCCUACACAGCUGUUCUCUCUUGCGUUAUUAUCAAAAUUACCCUCCAUAUUAAAUAAAAAGAAACUGUCACGAACAACAAAUCACCUUGAAAUCGAAUUGGCUACUGAAUGAGUUUCCUCUAGAGAAGUGCGCGAGUAGCGGGGCUCCCCGCGACAAUGUAAGACCUUGAAUAGACACUGUAUCCCAUAACAACAACAUUUGGAAAGCGGAUCCGCUUGCGACCCAAAGGAUACCUGCACUGCACUUGACUCGCGCACGGGUGAUUGCCCACGACGGGCGACGCCCGCCCGAUGUGAAAGUCUGGACGCGCCGUGGAGAAUACUGCUACAGUUACUGUCAGGAAGACGUUCGGCAGCUGCAGCUCGCAUAAGAUUGAUUUCGUAAACAACUGCUUUAGGGUGAGCCAUGGCCCGGGUCAACAUACGGGAGGCAAAGGAGGCUGAUGCCAAGAAGAUCUUUGAGCUGAUGCAGCAACAAGCAACAGAGCAGAAUACUUUCCUUCCAUCUCACUUCACUCAUGAAGUUCUGGCAGACGGUACCUGGGGUCCGACAGCAGUGGUUAUGGCAUUUGUAGCAGAGAGCAAGGCGAGCCAAGUAGGGGAGCUGGAUGGGUAUAUUCUGGCGCACCGUGCGUACGCUCCUUGGUUCGGCCGCGCCUUGUACAUCAAAGAUUUAUAUGUGGUCCCUGCAGCCCGCCGCUCGGGUGUGGCUACACACUUGUGCAGAGAGCUGAUGCGGGCUGCAGUCAGCAUGGGAUGUAAUCAGUGUGACUUAAGGCUGCACAAGGAAAACUGGGCAGCCAUGGACCUCUUUGAAAAACUUGGUGCUGAGAAUGUUACGGUGUCUGAGGACUGGCAUAUCUUCAACUUGGAUUUUAAGCUGAUGGAAAUGAAAUCCAAAUAUGGAGGCAGAGGACGCCUGCAGAUACGCCUAGCCGUCCCUGAGGACAUGGCUGGCGUGAUGACUAUGAUUCAAGAGUUGGCGGACUAUGAAAAUAUGUCUGAUGCUCCACAGAUUAAUGCUCACACUUUAGUGACCGACUCUCCACCUCAAGGCACAUUCUUUGAGUGCUUUGUAGCAGAGAGUGAUGGAGCGCUGGUGGGCUACGCGAUGUUCUACCCGACUUUCUCCCAUCGUGGGUUUGGCAUGUGUCUGGAAGACUUUUACGUGAAGCCAGCUCACCGUGGCCAAGGCCUGGGUACCGCCUUCAUGGCUCAGAUUGCUCAGCAUGGCGUUAAGCUGGGAGGCAGCCACUUUGAGUUUGUUGUGCUCUCCUGGAACACGCCAACCAUCGCCUUCUACAAGAACAAGGGCGCCACUGAUCUCACUGUUGACAAGGGGGUCCAGUUAUACCGCUUUGAUGAUACUGCCAUGAGAAAAUGUGCCAGUGCUAUCACACAUUGAAGUUGAAACAUCAUAUUUACAUAUUUUACUCUUUUAUAUAGUCAAGUUUUUUUUCGUAUGUAAGUGAUAUUAGACAAAAUAAAUAGAUGCAAAGCAGAAAACA